UUUACUCGUAUCCUUUCAUAUCUAUUCAUUGACAUGCCCUUUAUUUAUAUGUUAUCCAGUUAAAUAAGUUAAUAGUAAAAGCAAAUAUUUUUAAAGCAAGCAUUGUAAAUAUAAACGAAAUCGGGACAUAAACUUUACUUCAGGAACUUUUAGUGGUUAUUCGUUUUCAUGUAAUACGUUCUAAAUAUGAACCGAUUCGUACUUUAUAUACGGGUUUUUCAAAUAUUUCAACUCCUGUGCCACAUAUCGGUUUAACUUAUCUUUCUUAUUGCAUUGUCAUUGGGUUUUGAGUCAACUGUGAAAUUUCAAGUCACUAGGUCAUUAGGAGAGCAAGUUAAAUAAAAGCUUGUAAAAAUAUGGGGAAUUCACGGUCAUCACGAAGCCCUUCUAAGCGUCAUCACCAUAAAAGCAAACACAAAAAACAUGGCAGACAACGCGAUGUUCGCAAAAGUUCUGUUCUUGAUGAACGAAAUGAACGCCAAUCCCGAAGCAAUAAUUUUGUAAAAAAAAAAACAUCUUGUGGCUCAACUGGUCCUAGUGAGUUUCAAAGUGAUGACCGCGGAUCUAGGAAACAUUCCCCUACUGUUAACAGUUCUAGUGAUAGUCAGCAAUCUAAUGACUGCAACGAUCUUGAUAAAAAUCUUAAACGUCGCAAACAAAUUGAUGCUGUUCGAGCUGCAGAUGUUUUCAUCCAACGUCGCCAGCAACAGAAGGAACAGCGGGUGAGUUUUCAUAUUGCGAAGUGUAAAACAAGUCUAGGAACAAGGGAACAAAUGCA